UGAGCCGGAGUACGGUGAGAACUGAGGAGCGAGCGAUCAGUGAAAGCACUCGCAGCCUACUUCGCGGCUAGUCGACGGCAAGGCAUCAUGGCGAUUGGUUAGGGCGCGCAUCGCUCGGAAAAUUCGUCGUGGUAUCCGUGUUACAAUCUCGCGUAUCGCGAAUUAAUCGCGUCGCAGCUCCCGUCAGAUGACCGCGUAUCGAUCUCCCAUUGCGCAGUAACGUCCGUACGCGAAUGACACGAUGGUGAAGUUGACGGAAGAGAUGGUCGUGGCUCGCACGCGAGUGUCGGACUUUUCUGCGGUGAAGAAGCUCAAUUGCUGGGGAACAGAAUUAACAGAUGUUAGCAUCCUGAGAAAGAUGAAAAACGUGGAAGUGUUGUCACUGAGCAUAAAUAACAUUAAUACACUUGCUGACUUUCAAUACUGCCACAAGCUCCAGGAUUUAUUUAUAAGACGAAAUAAUAUCAAAGAUUUAAAUGAAGUCUGCUAUCUUCAAGAAUUGCCUAAUUUACGAAACUUGUGGCUCGGUGAAAAUCCAUGUGCAGAGAAGGAUGGAUAUCGAUCAGCUGUACUUCGGGCUUUACCAAAUCUCGAGAAAUUAGAUGAUAAGAUAGUGACACCCGAAGAAGUGCAAACUGCGAUGGCAGUAGGCCGACCUUUAAUACAUCCUCUUGAAGUAGAUGCUUCUCCGCAAUCAGAUGUAGUAAGCCCUGAGGAUAUUGCAAUUGAGUACAUUGAAGAAACUGAAUUGGGACGAUCUAGGCGAUACAGUUCUUCUAGCGACCAGAGGAGCUUUGAUGAGAUGCAGCACACACAUGAAGAAUAUGACCCUGACAGAAGAAACGCAAAUUAUAAUGCGUCAUCGUCACAACAUUACUCACAAAAUAAUCAAUAUGCAUAUGAGCUACAAAAUGGACAGUCAAAGAAUCAGAGCAAAGAUGACACUGUGUGUUCAGAAUUACGCAGCAACAAUGAGACUGUGGCCACUAACACUCUUGAAAUAUCCAAGGAUUACGAUGAACGUCCAGUAGUACAACGACAUAAUGGAGAUUACGAUGAAAGGCGAGCUUAUUCCGAGUAUGGAAACGAAGUAUCUCAACGCAUGUAUACACCAACAUCGCAACGUACGCAGUAUGCUGCCAACGACUUUGCAGAUGACAAGCGUAAUGACAGAAAUAACUAUAGCUAUGAUGAAAGAACAAGAUUAGAAUAUGAGGAUUUGCCACAACCUCCUUCAACACCUCAAGCAAGAAGGGUGGCAACGCAUCCCAACGAAAGGGAAGACCCAAAUCAACCCGGUGUCCCCGGUUGGGUGAGACAUUCCGAUAAAGACAAAUGCAGGAAUCAAUUUCGCUAUCACAGGCGGCCAGUAACAAGGAAUUCGAAUAUAUUAUCUGCUGUUCUGUGCUUGGUUAAGGAGUUGGAUUAUCCAAGUUUGGAAGUGGUAGAAAUGGCUGUUAGAAAUCGAAUGGACGAACUAGAAGAAUGAUGUUUCUGACACCGUCCCCA